CCUAUAUAAUGAGGCAAACCUCACCCUGUAAAUCCCCUCUUGCUCUCUCUAACUACGGUGCCUGAAAAACCUAAUUUUCUCUCUCUUCCGAUUUGAAGCCAUCCCUCUAGAGUUAGCCUAUAAUCAUGUUGGUCUACCAAGAUUUGCUAACCGGGGAUGAGCUUCUCUCCGACUCCUUCAACUACACAGAGACCCAUAAUGGAGUCUUGUGGGAAGUAGAAGGAAAGUGGGUUGUCACUGGUUCAGUUGAUGUGGACAUUGGUGCCAACCCUUCUGCUGAAGGAGCUGGUGAUGAUGAAGGUGUUGAUGAUCAAGCAGUCAAAGUUGUCGAUAUUAUUGACACAUUCAGGCUUCAGGAACAACCUCCUUUUGAUAAGAAGCAGUUUGUUGCAUACAUUAAGAAGUUCAUCAAGCUGUUGACAGAAAAGCUUGAUGCUGAAAAGGCAGAGGAGUUCAAGAAGAAUGUUGAAGGAGCUGCCAAGUUCUUGCUCACUAAGCUUAAGGACCUUCAAUUUUUUGUUGGGGAGAGCAUGCAUGAUGAUGCCACUUUGGUGUUUGCUUACUACAAGGAGGGUGCCACCAACCCAACAUUUAUUUACUUUGGUCAUGCUUUGAAGGAAGUCAAGUGUUAAGCUAUUUAUUACAUUUGGGUAUCCGUUUGAGAGUCGAUGAACACUUUUUUUGUUUGGGUUUUAAGCUAUUUUUAUCUUCUUUAAGAACUUUUGCAGUAUGUGACUUUGUUGAAGCUACCAGUUUACUCUGUUGGAUGUUAUUUAUUUAUGGGAUUUUAGCUAUUGCCAUUGUUGAAUCUGAAAUAGACUAUAAUCUUUUUGAUA